UCCAUUCCUCCAUAGCCAGCAUUAAUUGGUGUUCCAUCUUGAUCAAUACGUUCUGGACGCUUUGUGGAUACAGAAUAGGUGGAAAUCGUGUCUACCAAACUUCUUUAGUGUGGUCUGAGUUUGCGAGAUUUGCCAUCCACUGUUCUACUACCAACUCCAGAAGCAAUAAGGAAUAGGAACAUCUGGAUAUACCCAUUUCGUUGUAAUUGUCGUUUUGUUGAUGCUUACAUCUUCAGGUUACUAUCAACAGCACAUAUUCAUAUUCGUUAUUCAAAAAGUUCUAUUCAUUAACACACUCACUAUUCAUUAUUCAGUAUUCAAAAUCACUAUUCACUAGGAAUAUUCAUUAUUCAUUCACCCCCACAAUAUCAAAUACGCCGUUAUCUACAUAAUCAAAGUAUCAUUCUUGCAUAAUGACUGAUCUUUCAUACCUUAUCAUUUACAAUGCCCAUACCGGGACCUCCUCCAGGAUACCCAAACCCAUACGGUACCAUUCUCUAGGCGACUUCAAACGAUUCUUGCAAACGCAGCUCCACGUAGACUCCAUAGACAACCUCUUUUUGCUCACGCUGUUUGGAAUCAAGCUCAAUUUCGGGCUCAUCAACGAGUUGAAUGAGGUAUACGUGUUUGACAAGAGGCUUUUCGGCAACUCGUACGACCCAGAAGUACUUAGUCAGUAUACUGCUGAAAGCUUCGAAGUGGUAAAGCCGACUCCGUCAACGGCGUUGGCACUGACGGAAACACAAAUUCGCAUCAUUUCCAGUAGUCUAAAGAGCAACCAAGGAUGGGCUCGCGCCAUCGUCCAGGAUUGCCACCAUACUGAAGAGCUUGCUAAGGAGCUUGUACGGAAUAUCAAUGCAAUCUUCAAGUCGCUCAAUACCAUUUUUCAGUUCGCAACUAACUUCAUCAAUGAGAUAGAAAAGAACUUUAACAGCUACUUGAACUACAUCAAGCUUAUCAACUACAAGACCUUGCAUCGCACCUGGAUAGACAGCUACAAUAUUCUUAAGCAAUAUCCUCCUUUCAAGAUAAAGGAUGCUCUGGUGUUUCUAGUAGACUUCUUGAACCACGACAAGUUGUUGGAAGCUGCAAAUUACGUAAGCUCCAACUUGCCUCUUGUUGUCAGCAAGUUCAAUGGCAUGAGUGAAACUAUCAACAGCGUAGGCGAAGAGAAGUUGACUGUAGACAAAGAAAUAGAAUCGUUACGAAACGGCUCCAUAAAUGAAUUCAAGGACGUAAACUUGCUGGAGUUAAUGGCGAAAAUUUACAGCCUUAGCAGGUCCAUAACGAACGACUUGGAGCAGGUCUCCAACAAUGACUCGAUUAAGUUGGAUGAGGUAUAUAAAGAGCACAAGGAAAAUUAUUCCCCAUUGCUUUAUGACAACGCCGUAGAGCUUCACAACUAUUUUCUUGGAUUGCGUAAAUUUAAGGAGAAGCUCACCAAACAAAGUGUAUCGAUAUUCAACAGUAUUGCCAAUUUACAGAUGAAGAUGGUGAGUAUCAAGAGCAAUCUCAAGACCUUAACGACGCCUAGUGAGUCGACAGAUCCAAUAUCGUUUGAAACUAUCAACACCAUCAAGAAGUAUGAGGAUUACCUUUCUUUGAAUAUUGAUUUGCCUUUACUUUUUGGGUUUGUUCUCAUAGAAAAGAGACGACAAUUCGAAUGGUACGACUUCUACUCCAAGGGUAUAGUCAAUAAUGUAUCUGAACAAUUAUCUACUAUCAUUGACCAUGAGAAGUUGUUUAGGAAGAUCUGGCUACGUAAAUUUGGCAACUUCUUGACUUUGUUGAGUGACGAGACCCCUACAACUUCGCUUCCUAACAUAGAUGUGACCUUGGUAGGCAUCAAGGAAGAAACAUUCAAAAUCCUUCACGACAUUCAAGUAGAAAGGUCGGAUAUUGUCAACUACAUUGCCUUUGUAGAGUCAUCCAAGGCUUCGAAGAACUUUGUAGAGCUUUUGAACAAAAACUUCAGAGAUCUUAUAAGAUCCACCAACAACAUGAAGAAGAUCACAAGAGUGAUCAGUUCGUUGGGCACAUACACGUCAUUGUCGGGCGAAGAAAAACUGAAGAUAUUACUGAAAGAAGAUGAAGAAGGAGAAAUUGACUUUGACUUGAACUUGAUCAAAGGAUUGAAAACAAGAAUCAAGAAGCUCGAGAGCCUACUUCAUCAACAACAGUAUAAGAACUUAACCAGCUGGCCCGUGACUCGAAACAAUGUAGCACCUUCAUCUUCUGACAACAGGUUAAGUUUGAUUAUUGAACCGCAAAAGAAGACGGUGACACCUCCAAAGUCAGAUCCUAAACAGUUACUACAGAAGCAAUCAGUUCCUACCAGAACUUCUUCGGCACAAUCAGCCGUAUUGGAUUCAACUAAUAUCGACAUCCGUUUAGAGCUUAUCAAAAUCAAGAAGGAGAAUACAGAAUUAAUAAAUGAGAAUAGUGCUCUUCAUCAAAGUAACGACGAGAGUCAGAAACUAAUCAAGGAUCUCAGAAAGGAAAUAGAGGAAUUAAAAGCCAUAAAUGCUUCACACAGACAAGAGGCCGAUGCAAAGCUUUUGAUGAAAGAAGAAGAAUUCAGAUUGUUCAAGUUGGAUAACAAAGUGGAUACUAAAUUGGUUGAGAAUCUAGAGAAGAAAGUGGAACAGAGAGACGCCCAAGUCAGUAAGUUGAAGGAAGAUCUUUCCAGAGUCAUGGAAAUCAACACUACUUCUGAUAAGGAGAUCAUAGCAUUGAACAGCACAAUUUCCAGCAUGAGAAAUGAAUUGAAUGAUACAGUGGUGAUGAAGAAUGAUUUGUUAUCGAAUAUAUCCGCCAAGGAAGUCGAGCACAGUAAAGAAAGAAACGGGUUGGAGAAUGAAAUUAAAACUCUUCUGGCUAAAGUCGAUGAAUUGACCGAAGACUACGAGAAUCUCAUGGAAAUAACACAGUCCAGACAGAAGAAUGCCGAUUUGCUUGUCAACGACUUGAACAACAUUAUUAUCAAAUUGAUGAAUGACAUGAAGAGAUUGGCAGAGAAUAUCUUUGAGUACUUCUUGGAAUUCUGUUUUGUGCUUGAAUCCAUGGGAUUGCUAUUGACAAUGGAUGGAGACGUGUACAAGAUCACAAGAGUUAAGGGAUUGAGAUCCAAGAAGACGGUUGAUGAUCCCAAUGACACUCUGUUCAUAUCUAUAGAGAAGCCAUCAUCAAAAGUAAUUGAUGAAGUUGAUAAAAGCAUGUCUUGGGUCACUACGAUCUCAAACUUGAGUUCGAUUUUGCCUGAAGUUCCUGGAACUUCUCUGACAGCUUCAGAAAACGGCCACGAGAGCAACGAAGAAGAAUCAAACAAGUUUAACAGUCAAUCGUUGAAGUUGAUUACGAUUUUCAACGAGAUCUUCACGGCCAAUAAUGCAAAAUUCGAAGACUUUCUUCGCAUUAUCUCGUUCCAAGAGAAUGUCCAGUUGCAAGAAGAUAGUGCUCACAACUCGAAGUUCUUCUUGAAUGCAAUUUCCAAACGGUUCAGAGACGUCGAAGGUUUUGCUAAAAGACAAACUAAAGAGAACAAGAUCAAAGAACAAGAAAUCCACAAGCUUGUAGGCAGACUUGCCACAAAGAUCAGCAUGAAUGGAUUUCAAAUUGGUGAUUUGGUGUUGUUUUUGCCUACAAGAAUUGAUAGAGCAGUGGAAGUGGCAAAUGAAAGCAUACAGCCAUGGGCCGCUUUUAACAUUGGAGCACCUCACUAUUUCUUGAAGGUAGACGAUGAGGAAAGGACAAAGAACAAAGAAUGGAUGGUCGGUCGAGUGGAGUCGAUCGAAGAGAAUAAGGUAACGGACGAGAAUGCCGGAGACUUGAGCAGCAACCCGUUCCAGCUAAGUGUUGGAGUAGUUUGGUACUUGGUGGAAGCAAAGGAGGAACACUUUUAA